GAUCCCUUUCAGCUGGGUCCUGCCACAAGAAAAGAGAGAAAAUUCUCAGCAUUAAAAAAGUCCCUAUAGGACAGACCAUUAUCUCUUUUGGGGUGCAGAGAGAUUCUCGCAGUGGAGAAGCCUCGUGCUCCCCUUUCGACCCGACCCUCUUCACACCCAUUGGAGGUGAGGGGUCUGUCCUUCCAAACACCACCUCCUGCAAAAUCAGGGAGCGCAAAGAACAGAGCCGGGGCAAAACUCGGCGCAGCCAGCGGCUGGGCUAACUUUAACUCAGCACUCUGGAUUCUGAAUUUCCUCUGAGCUGUUUACAAAGGGCUGGAAAAAAAACUUCCAGCACUACCUCCCCCCGCCAUCCCCGUCCUGAUGUUGCCCAGAACAUCUCUCUCAUCCCUCCCUUUCAGGGAGGAAAAAAAAAAAAAAAAAAAAAAAAAGGAAAGGAGGGAGGAGUGGGAGAGAGGAGGAGAGAGGGAGAAAAGUGAGCUCACGUUCACACAUUGGUGAAGAGGCUGGUCUUGCAAUGCCUUUGAAUAUUUUACUUUUAGGCAGUUCCUCAUCAGUCAGCCACUCACAUCCGAGGAGAGCUGAAGCUAACUACAGCCAUGGACAGCACUAGGAGAUCUCAAAUCUAAUCGCAUGCAUCAUUCCUCCGGGAUAUUUUUUAAAUUCCAUAUCUGAACACGCUGACAGGCAGCUGCACUCACACACACUCACACUCACACACACACACACAUCCACAUCCACACGUCGCAGAGCCGCCAAGCAAACACCUUGUCUCCUCUCGCAGGAUAUACCCGCUCACACACAUCUCUCUUUAUCUCCUCCUGGCUUCCCGGAGGAUCCUGCCGGCUGUUUUUCAUGGAGAAAGUCCAGGGAGAAAUGGAGAUUGAGAGAUGGGAAAGAAGUGAAGAGAUUUCAGACGCAGAAAAAAAGGUUAUUCAAGAGAUAUGGAGCAGAGUAUAUGCAAACUGCGAGGACGUUGGGGUCUCCAUACUCAUCAGGUUUUUUGUGAACUUCCCCUCGGCCAAGCAGUACUUCAGCCAAUUUAAGCACAUGGAGGAUCCACUGGAGAUGGAGAGGAGCUUGCAGCUGCGCAAGCACGCUCGGAGGGUCAUGGGGGCCAUCAACACUGUGGUGGAGAACCUCAACGACUCUGAAAAGGUCUCCUCUGUCCUGGCCCUGGUGGGCAAGGCCCAUGCCCUCAAGCACAAAGUGGAGCCCAUCUACUUUAAGAAACUCACUGGUGUCAUGCUGGAGGUCAUUGCUGAGGAAUACCCCAACGACUUCACCCCGGAGGCACACGGAGCCUGGACCAAGAUGAAGACCCUCAUCUACACCCAUGUGACGGCGGCCUACAAGGAGGUGGGCUGGGCUCAGUACCCCACUGCCACCCUGUGA